AUAUGCUUUAAAGUAAUGGGGAAAGGUUACCAGCAAGACAGGUGGACACAUGGAAACCAGGCAGUCUAACUGUAAGUAUGCCAGCCAGGGUGGGGUUUAGGGUUUAAGGUUCGGCACUUUUCUUCGGUAGAGUCGCUCCAGGCUGGGGCCAGAUCGGUGCACUAGCUCGAAAAAUCUUGGAAUCGGAUCUUCGCAGAGGGUGUGAUCGAUCGAUCGCUGGUUUGUGUUCGGGAGGUGGGUUCACAGGGUUUGUGGGUGCCUCGAGUUGUGCCUUACUGUUAGAUUAGGUGUGUGCGAACGGCCAUGGCAGCGGCGAUAGCGCGGGCGCGGCGCUCGCAGUCGUUGCUGAAGUUUGUGUUGCCACAAUCCUCUGUCUGCACGUACCACUCGUGCGGACUUGCAUCAUCAAGCGCCAUCGAGAGUCGCCGCAAUGCGUUCGAAUCGUCUGCGAGGUCACAGGAGCUGACCCUAUGGAGGAAUUUCUUGAAAGGGCUGGUGUCCGUUCGAACGAUGGCCACCUUCAACCGAAAUAAGCCGCACAUGAACAUUGGAACAAUUGGACACGUGGAUCAUGGAAAGACUACUCUUACUGCAGCAAUCACCAAGGUUUUGGCUGAUGAAGGUAUGGCUAAAUCAAUCGCAUUUGACGAGAUCGAUAAAGCUCCAGAGGAAAAACAGCGUGGUAUCACCAUUGCUACAGCACAUGUUGAGUAUGAAACUGAAAACCGACAUUACGCUCAUGUUGACUGUCCAGGACAUGCUGAUUAUGUGAAGAAUAUGAUUACUGGUGCUGCACAAAUGGAUGGUGGUAUUCUAGUUGUAUCAGCACCAGAUGGCCCUAUGCCUCAGACUAAAGAGCAUAUCCUGUUAGCUCGGCAGGUCGGAGUUCCAUCAUUGGUGGUUUUCUUGAACAAAGUGGACGUUGUCGAAGAUGAAGAGUUGUUGGAGCUUGUGGAGAUGGAGUUGCGAGAGUUACUUUCAUUUUAUAAGUUUCCAGGAGAUGAUAUCCCUAUCGUCCGAGGCUCUGCUCUCGCCGCAUUGCAGGGAACUAACCCAGAGCUUGGGAAGAAUGCAAUUUUAAAGUUGAUGGAGGCUGUAGACUCAUACAUCCCUGAGCCCAAGCGCAACCUCGACAAACCCUUUCUCAUGCCAAUUGAGGACGUUUUCUCUAUUCAGGGUCGUGGAACUGUAGUGACUGGACGUGUGGAGCAAGGUGUUGUUAAAAUUGGUGAGGAGGUGGAGGUUGUUGGACUACGCACGGGUCCCAAUCUUAAGACAACUGUCACUGGUGUGGAGAUGUUCAAGAAGCAAUUGGAUCAAGGCCAGGCAGGAGAUAACGUGGGUCUUCUGAUUCGUGGUCUUAAGAGAGACGAAGUGCAGCGUGGACAGGUCAUUUGCAAGCCUGGUACUGUCAAGACUAACACCAAGUUCGAAGCAGAGGUUUACAUUCUUACCAAGGAAGAGGGAGGCCGACAUACUGCCUUCUUCUCCAACUACCGACCCCAAUUCUACUUGCGUACUGCAGAUGUAACUGGAAAAGUUGAGCUUCCAGAACACAUCAAGAUGGUCAUGCCUGGAGACAACUUGACUGCCCAAUUUGAACUAAUUAUUCCUUGCCCCCUUGAACUUGGACAACGCUUUGCUCUUCGAGAAGGAGGAAGGACAGUCGGUGCUGGCGUUAUUUCCAAGCUCCUUGGCUAAGCCUAUGGAUUCAAUUGAAUGGUCUAGGAAUAGUGCAGCUCUGUGCAAGAUACCUUGUUAGCGGUUGCUAAAUUUUGAAACUUCUUUAUUGUAGCCUUUUAAAUACACGGUUUGUCACUUGAGAGCAUUUGAAGAGCACUGUACUGCCGUUUCAAAAUUAUUUGGUAAUAAACUUCGUUGUGAUGCUACUCAUCAAACAACAAAUAGUUUUGUCGGAGGUAA